CCUGGGAUUUGUGAGCCUGUGUAUAAUUGAAUAUUGAAGAAAUUAGGGUUUGGAGCGUGCUUUUUGUUUGGGUUUCUGCAAAGUAAAGAAGCUCUCCAUAAACUUUUAAUCGAAAAUGCCUAAGCAAAUUCAUGAGAUCAAGGACUUUCUUCUCACUGCCAGAAGGAAAGAUGCACGCUCUGUAAAGAUCAAGAAGAGCAGAGACGUUGUCAAGUUCAAGGUCCGCUGCUCCAAAUACUUGUACACACUAUGUGUGUCUGAUGCUGAGAAGGCUGACAAGUUGAAGCAGUCCCUUCCUCCAGGUUUGAGUGUCCAAGACCUGUGAAAAUAGGGCUGCUCCAAGUCUGUUACCCGAUUACUAGGCUGUGAAGGCUAGAUUUAAAUUUUGGUUUAUCGUUUUGCAACAGUCAAACUCAAAAUGUAAUGGAUUUUUUUUGUGGUGUUUCAAGGAUGUUAGUAAGAAAUGAACUUUUUGAUGGUAAAUGAACAUUUGUGCUCUAUUGUUUGCCCUAUUUCCUGU